UCGUAUGGCAGCAAUAGUUCUGAUCUUCUUCACCAGAAAUGAAGGAGAAUUCCCUGGUUUUUGUCUCCCUCUUAUGAAGCAAACUCCUGAUUUCGUGUUCAACAAAAAACAAGCCCUUUCUUUGAGUGAGAGUGCCACCAACAAGAAAGCAAUUAGAAGAAACAAACUAUAGCUUUGGAAGGGAAGGAAGGGAAAAACAAAACACACACAAGGACAGUACUACAGUUAUAUCAUCAAGAUUUUCUUCUUCAAAUGUCAAAUAUUACAGGAGACGAAGGCAGCUUCUCCUCAGGGAAUACGGGUGAAGAAGUUCAUCAAGAAAAGAAGAAACAACAGCUUCAACAUCCCUUGGAUGGCUCAAGCUCAGGACUCUCUGGUACUGCUGCCACUAACAGCAACAGCUCCACUUCCGGCCAACAGCAGAUGGUUAAGAAGAAAAGGAAUCUUCCGGGAACUCCAGAUCCAAGUGCCGAAGUUAUUGCUCUAUCACCAACAACACUAAUGGCAACAAACAGGUUUGUGUGUGAAAUUUGCAACAAAGGGUUCCAGAGGGACCAAAAUCUUCAGUUGCACAGAAGAGGUCAUAAUCUUCCAUGGAAGCUAAAGCAAAGAACAAGCACUGAGGUCAGGAAACGAGUCUACAUAUGCCCCGAAUCCACAUGUGUUCACAACAACCCUGCUCGUGCUCUAGGAGACCUUACAGGCAUCAAAAAACACUACAGCCGGAAGCAUGGAGAAAAGAAAUGGAAAUGUGAUAAGUGCUCGAAGAAAUAUGCAGUGCAAUCGGAUUGGAAGGCUCAUCAAAAGAGCUGCGGUACUAGGGAAUACAAAUGUGAUUGCGGAACCAUCUUUUCCAGGAGAGAUAGUUUUAUCACCCACAGGGCUUUUUGUGAUGCAUUAGCAGAAGAAAACAACAAAGUAAACCAGGAACUAAUCAACAACAAUGGAUCAAACAUUCAGGCACAGAUGCCUGAGCUCAUGUCAACUAUGCCCAUGAAUAUGACCACUAACACAUCCAUUAAUGAAGCAUCCAACUUCAACAAUUCAGACCACAAGAACCAGCUCAAAUCCCUCUCUAAAGAUCCAGUACUCUCAAUGCCCAGCUUCAAACCUAUGAACAUGACAGGAGGCAUGUUCUCAACCAGUUCUGGUACUCUCUUUGGUGGUCCAAGAACCUCCUCUUCUUCAAGCCUUCAGCUCAGUUCCAACAGCUCCACUGGGGCCUUCCAUCACCUUCUAGAAAGUAAAAAAGGGUGCCAAAUAUUCGGUUCUGCUCACAUGUCAGCAACAGCCUUGUUGCAAAAAGCAGCGCAAAUAGGAGCCACGGCAAGCAGUAGUACUAUAAACUCUCCCAUGAUGCACAAGAGCUUUGCUGGUAGCAUGGCUGGUCAUGAUCACCAGCAUUCUUCUUCCAUUAGACCACCAUACACAAGUGCCAUCCAGCAGCAUAGCACUGCAUAUGAUCAUUUCCAAUCAGAACCUGAUCAAGCAAACCUUGUUGGGAUGAAUGACGGUGGAGGAUUCAUGGCCACUCAACUCUUGCAGAAAGGUCCACAAGAAACCUCACAGAUCUUUUAUGCUUCCGGUACUGGCUCUUCAAUGAACGAUAUAAUGCUUAGUCAAAUGCUCAUGGAGGGUGACCAGAACCAAGGAUUCAUCAGGCAAAUGGAACAAGAGGAACAGGGUCGGACCUGCAUCAAUGGGGCUUGGGGAGACCAUGGCUCCCCACAAAAAUUUAUUGAACUCCUAUAGGAGUUGGUGUUUUGUAUGAAGUUUUUCACAAACUUAAUUUCCCCUCCCACCUAAGACAAUUCCUUUAGAGUUUUGAUUUGAGUUGCAUACAAAAAUACAUAUCUACAUAAAAAAAAGUAAGUUUGAGUUGCA